UGGCGCUCUGCUGCAGCUCUCUCCUCUCUCCUAAACCAAACGUCGAGCUGCAUCGGGAGCCUGCAGAGCAGCGAGCAGGACGGGGGCUCUCUUUCUCGGGCAGCAUGUUCAGUAACAAGCCACAACUUCCAACACAGCUACAAAAUAAAGCCUGAGAGCAAACCCUUUCCAACAGCAGAGAAUAAAAAACGACAAAGGAGGAAAUCAGCCGGGGCUGCAGGAGGAGACGACCGGACACAAGGAGAGAUGACCGAGCGACACUUGUGAGGAUGAGAGUCUGUACCAUGCCUGCCUGCUCUGCCUCUCUGCUCUGCCUGCUCCUCCUGCUGCUGUGGGGGCUGCUGGGAGGUUUGGUGCUGUCCAUCUGCCCUGCUGUGUGCAUCUGCAGCCGGGGACACCGUGUGGUGGACUGCUCCUCUAGAGGCCUAACCAAGCUGCCACCUGGUCUGCAGCAUAACAUCCGCUUCCUCAACCUCUCUUUCAACAGCCUACAAGAUCUGGACAGCGAGCUGAGCCACUAUGUCCAUCUGCGAACCCUGGACCUGUCCUACAACCGCCUGGAGAGCUUGCCCCCCUCCUUACCCAAGUCUUUGUGGGACAUCAGAGCAGCAGGAAACCAUUUACGCUCUCUGGACAAAAAUGACACAGCAUACCACUGGAACCUGAAAGUGUUGGACCUGUCGGACAACGAGCUGGAGAGGGUCGUCUUCAUCAACAACACGCUGCCGACCCUCCAAACUCUCAAUCUCAGUCACAACCGGUUCUGGACUGUGCCCACCAACAUGCCGCACAACCUGGAGAGCAUCGAUUUGUCCCACAACUUUCUGACACAGAUCUUGCCUGGAUCUUUGGAUCGACUGCCGAGGCUGUCUCAGUUCUAUCUGCAUGCAAACCGCUUUUCCUGGCUGUCUGAAGCGAUCUUUGAUAAGCUGACGGGGCUACAGGUGAUGACCCUUGGGGAUAACCCCUGGGCUUGUGAAGAAGAAGAAAACAUAACGAGGCUCCUGAGAUGGGCCGAGCAGACUCGUGCAACCAUCUUAGGCUGCCCUUGUUACACCAGACCAAUCUGUGGGCAAACCCAUGUGGCUACUCCGGGGAGGGAGUGGCACUCUGCGCUGUUCACAGAGCCCCCGCUCUGGGUGGACAGCAGAGGUGAAGGGCAUGAUAGUCAAUCACCUGCAAGGACUGCAGAGGUGACAUCGAGUUACCAGGCGAAGUCUGCGCUCUUCGAGACUGGAAUAUUUCAGGGCACGGGAGGGGUGAGUGAUUCCAGUGACCACAUGAUGUUUGUCUGGACGCCUUCCACCAGUUUGGACAGUCUGUCUACACGUACAAGCACAACAGCCCGACCACGGUCUUCAACGAAAAAGCCCAAAGUAGAGAACUCACGGAAUAAAGGAUCCGCAGUUCUCCUCCAGACUCAAACGGUCAUCCUGACUGUAUUUGUCUUGUUUAACACCUUCUGACUGAUAACAGAACGUACCUGAUUAUUGUUGACAAUGAAUGCAAGUCCACCUAGCAUCUCCAUGACUGUUACUGCCUUAUGUCGUCAUCAAGUUUCUCAAAUCUCUCAGAGUCCCUCACACUUUAUAAACCUGCAAGACUUCUCAAAUAUCUGAAUAUAUGGUUCAACUCUCAGUCAAAUGCCUGCACAGUGACAGACCGCUUUGCUCCAUGCUUUCUGAUAGUAAUAGUAAUGCUUGUGCUACAAGUCGUCCUGCUAGGACUGAAAAUAUGCAUUACAUUCCAAAGCCCGUUAGGAAAAGAACCAAUAAAGGGCUAGUUCAAUGGAAAAAAAGAACUCUAAUGAUUAGCUGUAUGUGUUGUUGUCUGCAGUUGAAAUGUACUGUAACUGAGUGUAACAGUUCAACGUGUUGAGUUUAGUUAGCAGCAAACUAAUCAGAGAAAUCAAAGCACAACAAAGUGGAGAAACUGAAGAGCAGAGUGAAGUCAAACUUAAGGAACGGUUUUAUACGUCUCAAAGAGGUGAAUGUCCAUCACAACAACAACCUUUCAUUUGUCAGUUAUAUUAAGGACGUUUUCUAAUCAUAAUAUUGGUGCUGGUCUCUUUAACUGUUAGACAAUUAACUAAACAAACUGGUAUUCAGUCUACCUUAAAAAAGAGGACAGAAGAAGAAGAGCUCUGUCCAGAGAGAGGAGCGUUUCUAAGUCCUACCUUUGUUAGUGUGAAGAAAAAAGAAACUUCCCUUCAAACCAACCAGAUUCAUUCAUUUAGUUUACCAAGUCAAGACAAAGUUAGUCCUGAAUAUCUGGACUGAGACAUGUGAAGGCGGCCGAGGGUCAGAGGUCAGGCUACAGUCUUUUAAUUUGAUGUAUACGAGGGGUUAAAGCGGAGCAGACGUGUGUGAGCUUCAAUAAGAAUAAAGGUGAAUCACACAGAU